GAGAGAGAGAAAACCAUCAGCAGUUGCAGCCACUCGAGCACGAAGCGAAGAAAGGCAUUUGCAAUGGAGUGCGAAGCAGAAAGCCGCCGAGAGAGAUUUUCUCUCGGGCAGACGUGAAGAAAAUCUGACAUUUUCACCUGAUUUACUCUCAAUAUUUAACCCUUCACAUUUGCUUGUUCCUUAUUAAGAUGGAAAAUUCAUUUGGAACUUGAUUUUACGCUCAAAGACUGAGAUUUCGCUCAAUUUAGGCUAAUCUCAUCGCUCUAGUUUGCAGUCUCAAGUCUGUUUUAAAUAAAAGAAUUAACCCUAUGUUGAGGCAAUAAAAAAGAACAAUAUUAAGAAGACCAAUAUAAACCAUCAAUAGCGAAAGGAAUAUUUAAAACCCAAAUACGCGCCAUUAUUCGACCAGUUGAAAGGUCAUGCCAGUUAGUCCUUAUGUCAAUAUGCUCAUUUCUCGUCCUGCCAUCAAAGCGAAGGGACGCGCUGCUGUCAGUGUUGUUAGUAAAAGGGGUAAAAGGUUUUCUUUGUCUUCCUACAAACACGAAGUAAAUGCAAAAAACGUUCUUAUAUCACAAAUAAUGGAAGGAUUGCAAGUAAAAGAAAUGAGUGAGAAGAGUAACGUUUGCUGCCACAAAUGCAGAGAUCAAUUCCAAGAGGCGGCGGAACUACGAAACUACCAGGAAAAUGCGCACAAUUUCUACAGAUGCAAAUCUUGCGGUCUAGAAGAGACUUCCGUGACGGAGUUCGAGUUUCAUCUUCAGACUCACGGAGGAUUUAAGCUGUUCAAGUGCUUCACAUGUCAGGAAAUGUUCUCUUUCCUUCACGAGCUCAACAAUCAUCUGGCCAGUCACUUGGCGGAGCAGGAAUCGCCGGCGAGGGAGGAAGAAUGCCUCGAGACGCAGAUCGAGUUAGAGGAAGAGAUGAAGACGGAACCCGAGGAAGAAUAUUUCGAGCAUUCUUCGAGAGAAAGUGAAAUUGAGGACCAGAAUGCCGAAGAAGAGCCUCUGGAGAUCGAAGAGCCAGAAAAAGCAGCUAAAAAACAAGAUUUGAGCAUUGGGAAAAGUGUUUUUUCUGUGAAAAAGCGAAAAAUGCACAAAUGCACACAGUGUCCUUACUCCUGUGACUGCAUUAGUCAGUUGAAGCGUCACUUGCAGACGCACAGCAAUGCUCAUCCUUUUAAAUGCACCCUUUGUGAAAAAACAUACGGAUAUAAAUCAAGUUUGCACCAUCAUAUGCAGACACACUGCAAGGAAAAGAACCACAAUCCCUGUCCCGAAUGCGGGAAAGUCUUCUCAACGCCAAAAUAUAUGAAAUUGCACCUUAAGACACACAAUCCGGAGAGGAUGUUUGCGUGUGACUGGAACUUUUGCAAAUACAGGACACACAAUAGUUCGCACUUGAAAAGGCAUCGUCGGACUCACACAGGAGAGAAUCCGUUCAAAUGCGAGUUCUGCAAUUCCAAAUUCAAUACUAAAGAUGAAAUGAAGCGUCAUAUCAGUUACAUUCAUGAGCCCCGCACUAUUCCUUGCACGCGUUGCAAAAAGAACUUCGCUACUAGCCUUGAUCUGAAACAGCACGUCCAGCGGAAGCACAAAAAGAAGACGAUUCCCUGCCCAAUGUGCGACAAGAAGUUUGGAGUUCAGGGAGAUUUAACCAAACAUAUAAAACACUGUCAAAUUACAGUAUAAAGCGACAAGAAGAACCAUUUCAACAAUGUAGAAUUAAGUUGUGAAAAGAGAAAAUGAUGUUUUCCAAUAAUAUCCAAAAUAAUUUAAAUUCGUAUUGUAAAAGAGACUAAUUUA